AUGGGGCCCCCGGGCAAUAGGGGACCAUGGGGCCCCUGUGUCCUUGCCCAAACUCAAAAAAGCCUAUGAAAAAGGUACCAGGGGCAUCUCAUGGGGCCCCCUACUGACCCCCGGGCCCUCGGGCAGUGCCCGAGUUUCCAAAUGGUCAGUCCGCCCCUGGCACUGGGCUUUUUUAACUUUGGCCCUUGGAAAAUUAGCUCUCUUAAAAUGGAGUAUUUUUAUUUUUCCCGUAUGUGCUUGCUGUUUACAGCUAACAAUAAAUGAAAUCAUGUUAUGGUCACUGCUAUUCAGAUGUUCUUUUAUAUGGACAUUCAUAAUAAGCUCUGCUUGGUUUGAGAUUAUCAGGUCCAGCA